AUGGUACCGAUAAGAGUAUGGCAUAAGGACAAUCUUGAGAGCAUGGACAAUAGGAUAAAGAAGUUUGAGGAAGAGAUCAAGAAAAUUGAUAAAAUAGUUAGUAUUGGUACUUAUGACGGAAUGGUGGAGGCUCGACGGAAGGCUCUGGAAUAUGCUCCUACGAUUGGGUUCCGUGAUGGGUUGGUAAAGCAAAUUGAUGAAGAAGAGGCAGCAGCAUUAAAGGUAUUUCCAUCGUCUGAGAAAAUCAGAGAGGUAGUUUGGAAUUGUGAGUCAACUAAAGCUCCAUGUAGUGAUGGAUAUAAUAUGAACUUCAUUAAAAAAUGUUGGGAUGAGAUUGGCCAGGAGUUUACUACAGCAGUGUUGGAAUUUUUCCAAAGUGCUAAGCUACCAACGGAUGCUAAUGUAACAUGGGUGGCACUAGCUCCAAAAUUUGUGGAAGCUAAGAAAAUCAAAGAUCUUCAGAUGAUUAGUAUGGUUGAUUGUGUGUAUAAAGUGAUAUCAAAAUUAUUGCUAAAGUUGCGCAAGAAGAAGGUGACAAUUAUCAAGUUAGACUUUCAGAAAGCAUAUGACAGUGUUAGAUGGAGCUUUGUGAAUAUUGUGCUACAAAAGAUGGAUUUUGGUCUCAGAUGGAGGACAUGGGUGAAGGAAUGUGUGACCACAGUGUCUAUGUUGGUUUUGAUUAAUGGGCCACUAUCCAAGCCAUUCAAGAUGGAGAGAGGUCUUAGACAAAGAGAUAUAUUAUCUCAUUUUCUGUUUGUUCUUGUCGUUGAUGUAUUGCAUAGGAUGAAAUGGGUGAUAAAUAUGUGUGGUCUGUUAGGAUGUACGGAAGUUGCUUUACCUGUUAGGUACUUAGAAAUUUCUCUAGGUGUAAAUCUGAUCCUCGGUUGGUGA